GAGUUGGGAUGAACUGGAAUUGGAAUGAAAAUUCAGAAUGAAAGAACUGAGACAGUAACUAAGUAACAGCGGAGUGUCGAAUAAUGGUUGAACAAAUUUAAAAUGUUGUAGUGUUAAGUAAAUCAAUCGUUUGUGAUUCAUUCUUUAUAAGUUGAGUUAUGUUCGCGAUUUACCAAUAUAAGUGUAGAGUUUCGCGUUUACGUAUUUUAAGUGUAGUUAAUCUCUCCCAAGUCUUUUGAAAAUGUUUCAAUAGUCCAUUGGAAGUCUCCUCGUCCGAAAUGGCUAGCAUUAAAACCAUAUCCGUUCAUUUGCUUCUAUUUACUUUGCUCAUUGGAGAAAUACGAGGCGAUUGGCUGAAAGAAUAUUUUGCCAAGAAUAGAAAUGCUGCCAAACUCUUAGAAGCAACAACGGAGCCUUUGAAUAAUGUGUUACCAUACGAGCAAGUACAAUAUUCUUACGCCAAUGUAUCCUACGAUUACAAAAGCUCUACUAAAUUCCAUCCACGAGGAAUGGCUCAUCUGUACAUGCUGACCGAAAAGUUCAUCAAUUUCAUCGGAAAAGAUCAAGCUUUCCCCGAAGGUUUGCUCGAGAUCACUGAUGAAAACACUAUUCACGUCAGCGACGUCGGAAAAGAUUGGCCGAUUUUACUAAACCAUUACGGAAUCGUACUAGCGGUCGUAGUAUGUGUGGUAUUAUUCGCUACGGUGAUGCCUAUAAUUGGCCUAACGUUCUGUUGUUGCCGAUGCGUCGGACGUUGCGGUGCUAGAUCUCAGCCUUUUGAUAAACGAUACGAUCCGUGUAGGAGACACUUUUACGGAGCUUUAUUGGUCGCCGUUACGGUGUUGAUUUCGUUCGGAGUAAUAUGCGCUUUCGCAACCAAUGAAGUCUUGGAAGAAGGAGUUACCAAUUUACCGAAAAACGUUCGCACUGCCUUUACCGAUACCGAACUGUAUAUUAAUAAUACGAAGAAAGAAAUUAAUACGUUACUGGUGACGAAUUUCAAAGAGUUGGAAAAAACGCUGCUAAAUAUACUUCAAGCUAGUGGAAAAAUCGUUCUGGACAAGCUAACCCAAGAAACCAACGCUACAGUGUUAUGGAAUCUGACUACCAUUAUCGAAGGACUCCGUAUUGUACGAAAUGAUCUUACUAAAGUUAACCAAUUGACUGAAUCUUUGCACGAGAGGUCUUCGCGUUUAGAUUUUGGUUUGAAACAAAUUGGUAUGAAAAUAGCUAACGAUAUGAAACAAUGUCAAAGAGAAUCGCAUUGUAAAGAUUUUAACCGAAGAUAUAACGCUAAUAGUUUAUCUUUGGAAGCGAAUUUUUCACGAAUUAUCGAAACGUAUUUACCAGAGUUACCUAACGUAACGGCUGGAUUACAAAGCUUAUCUGAACUUACGGCAGAAGGUAUCGAAGGCGAGGUACUCAAGGGUAAGAAGGAGCUGGAGAAGAUACAAGCUUACGUACAACAAUCUGUCGACAAUAAUGUACCGUUAAUUAUGGAAAAUAUCAAGAAAACAGGCGCGGCUAUCGAAACCGGAGCUCAAAGAAUUAUUAAAAUACUCGACAAUAUGAACUCUGUUAUCGAUAAAUCGAUCCAUAAACCGAUCGGUAGCGGCGAACAAAUGAUCUCAUACUUUUCACCUUAUCGAUACUAUGUAUGUUUCGCGGCUAGUUGCACUUUGUUGAUAAUUUUAAUUUGUUUGACUUUCGGAUUGCUGUGCGGAUGCUGUGGUAGUCGACCUAACAGCGGGUACUCGGAAGAUUGUUGUAAUAAAGGAACGGGGUCUCGUUAUUUGAUGUUAGCUGUAUGGCUGAUGUUUUUAUCGAGCGGUGUUUUGAUGGCUGUUGCGCUGAUAUACUUCGUAGGCGGAAUCAUGACCGAUAAACUGAUAUGUCAUUCGUUGAAAGAUCCUCAUAAUAGUCGUACGUUCCACUUACUGGAUAAACUUUCGAAUAUCGAACGAUAUUAUAAAAGUGACGAUAGCAUCGAAAUGGAACCGGUUAAUUUGAGGACCAUUAUUAGAAGUUGCCACCAUAAUUUAAGUUUAUACGAAGUGCUACAGCUAGAAAAACGAAUUGAUAUUUCCGAAGUCGCCGGGUAUUCGCAGAAAUUCGGUAUACACGAUCGUAUCAAAGAGCUGGUGAACAAUAUUAAAUUAGAUUACGAUAUUAAUAUAAUUACUCAAGACGCGCAACUUCUAUUGAUGAAAUUAUCGCAGUCCAAGUUGAACGAAAUCAGUUUUAUGAAUUUUAACAACGUGGUUAGUGAGAAAAUCACAUCGAUUGAUUUAACGCAAUUGGCUAAAGCUAUCGAAGAUACAGCGAACAAAUUACCUCCUAGUUAUCUAAAUGUAACAUACAGCUUGCAUAACACUGCGAUGUAUUUAGAAACUCAUCAAAAAGAAGUCGCAGAAAUGGUUUCUAUUACUAAAGAACUUGAAACCACAUCGCGUCAACUUCAAGAGCAUUUAAAAUUCAAUCAUACCUCUUUGAAACAGGCUAUCGAAUCGUUAACUUUGAAAGUUGAAAUAGCUCAAGAAAAUCUUAAACGUCAAGGACGCACAAUUGUUAAUAGACUGGCCAAAGAAUUCGGUAACGAGUUUACUAAUCAUAUCGAAGAUUAUUUGAGAAAAGCAGUCAGUCGUACGAAGCACGAUAUUGGUCGUUGUUGGCCCGUAUCUCAGGCCUAUAAUGCCACCGUAGUUGCCGGCUGCAGUCGUAUUCUAAGUCCUUUUAAUGGAUUCUGGAUGAGUCUGGGUAGCGCUGUUUUGUUAUUCAUACCUGCCAUUAUAAUUAGCGUAUUAUUAGCAAAUUUAUACCAGAAAUCUGAUCCGUAUCCUGGUCCUCUAGUCGAAGCCGAAUACUUAUACGAUAUUUAUACCGGCGAACGAGACAAUAUCCCUUUAGCCAGCGCGCAUGAUAAAAAAAAGAAGAAAAACAACAGACGAGCAUACGACGAUUGUUGUUCAAGUAAUCCACAUAGCGCUAAUCAUAAUCUCAACAAUAAUGCCAGUAGUUCGCAUAGUAGCGCUACCAAUGUUGAUCGAGCCAGAUCAAGACAUCACGCUGUUUCGGCUGUGCCACCUUUAGGAUCUCCGCCAAACGUAGUUAAUUCAGUUGCUUUGAACGCUGCCGGUCCAGUCUCGUCUAAUCAAAGCAAUGAAAAUCGUUUCGAUGAAAUCGCUUCCAAACAACGGUGGGAUUUUUCCGGAAAUAUGAACGCGCCUAAUUUUCAAAGUAAUCCAACCCAAACAAAUGAAUACGAACGUCCUCCACCGUAUUACUACCCUGGACCUACUCCAGGAACCAUAUCUGAUUGAACUGAAAAAUUCGUCGACGAAUCUCUUGUGAAUUCAUAGAUCUUUCAGAAUAAUUAGAAUUGAGUCUUGUUUUCGUUUUUUUUUUGUUUUUAUUUAUAACUUUUUUUCUAUUUUCGUCAUUUUUACUUACGUGUUUUAUUCUAUUAUUUGUCGUGAAAUGAGUUGUACUCGAUUUGUGUAAGUAAUUGAAUAAUUAUUAUGGAUAUUUUGUAAUUUUUCGUAGACUGUAAAUACGCUUACCUACGUUUUUUGUAAAUGUCCUCAUAAUACUCUCAUUCUCGUGUUUUGAUUUUUUCCUCCGAUUUUUAUCCUUUGUACUUGUGUUUUAAGAGUUUACUUUUUCUUGAAGGUUUAAAUCACAUUAUAAGUAGCCUAUGGAAUUGUUUUAUUAUUUGUUAUAUGGAGUCGGAUUCACAUUUUUUUUUUUUUUUUUUUUUUUGUAUCGCUAACUGUGCUAUAACGUGAACAAGAGAUUUUCUAUACGAUUUUAAUUUUUAGUGCAAUUCUGUUAGCUUGUGAUAAAAAUAUCUUUAUAGAGUUAAGUAUGUACUAUAACGAUAUUUCUCAGUACUGCUUCUCGUUUCAGUACGAAUUCGCAUUUAUUAUUUUUGCCAUUUUUAUGUUAAAUCUCGUGUAUUUUUUUUUGCUUAGGUAUUCGAAGACUGUAAUGAAUUUUUUGUAUUUUUUUUUUUUUUUUUGUAAUAUGUAUAUUGACUUAGAAUUUAUUUUGCAUGCAUAUUAUUUUUCAGUUCGCUGCAUUCCUUCGUUUAUAUUAAAUAUAUCAAUGACAGUGA